CUUACAGGAGACAUCUUCGUGUUUUUCAACAAUAGUUUUGAAAAUCAUUUACAAUGGAAGAUUUAUGUGUUAUUAUUAAUGGUUCUGUGCUAUAUUAUGAGGAAUUUGCUGUAGAUGUAGAUUUAGUCAAUUCGCCAUACAAUAAUAUGACGUCCCCGUUAGAAAGUGCAUUUAAAUCAAGAGCAGCUGAAUUUGGUAUUAUUAGUGGCAUACUGAUUGCGUUUCUUAUAAAUUUAGUUAUGAGUUUUGAAUAUGAAACUAUGAAAAGGAAAGUAAAAAUCAAAAUUGAAAGCGAAAACUUGCUGCAAAAAUCUUUAAUAUUAUUAAUUUUAUUAUUAAGUUUGCCGUUAGUUGUAGCGUUUCUCAUCGGAGCAUCUUUGUACAAAUUCCUGUGUUCUAUAAUUAUAAAAAGACGUGAUAAACAUUUUGCGGGAUUUCUUGAUAGUUUUGAUGUUUUUUGGAGUUUAGAAGAUGAUGCGACUAAAAGUAUCAUUAAUGUGUUGGGAAUAAUAGAAUCACAAUCAUCUCAAGAAUUAAUAGAGCACAUAAAGGAAAAAUUACAAAGCAUCGUCCAAAACAAUGACACCGAAAAGUUGUUUUAUAGAAGAAGUGAAGAAUAUGGGUUUUACUAUUGGAGAAAAUGUUGCUAUAUUGACAGUAGUAAAUAUGUUCGUGUAAUUGAUGUAUCAAAUGUUAUUAACCUUAGCGUAUCAGAUUUAGAAGAGAUCAUGACUGAAGUGUCAUAUCAGCCACUACCUUUUAACGAUGAAGGCCUAUUUCAAAUACUAGUGACUAAUCAAAAGAUAAAGAACAAUGAUAAAGGAAAUAGUGAAUAUGGUAUUAUAUUUAGAAUACAUCACGCUGUAGGUGAUGGAGUUGCACUUAUAGAGUUCUUAUGUCAAACAUUAGCAGAUGGUAAAGAUGACGAACUUAUAACUUUCUGUAUGCCAGAAACUUAUAACGUUAGUAGUAAAAAAACAGGUGCUGAUUACUUAAACAUGAUAACAAAACUGUGCGAAAUACCUGGAUGUUUAAUAGAUGGAAUUUUGAGAGAGCCUGAUAAAAGUAGUUUACAUGGGCCUCCUUUAACUGGAAAGAAGUUUUACAAAUGGGUUGAAUCAAAUGAUAAUUUAUUUCAAAUGGUAAAAGACAUAAAGGAGAAUGUAGAAGAAGCAAAUUUUUCUGAUAUUUUAGCAACUGCUUUAUCUUCAGGCUUUCGAGACUAUUUUAGAAAGGAAAUACAUCCAGCCCCUAACAAUAUAGCUGUCAUAUUGCCAAUAAGAUUUCCUGCGGUUAAAAAUGGUAGAGUAAAAUUGGAGAAUAAUUUUACCGUCAGUAUACUUGAUUUGCCAUUAGGGGGAGACUUAAAGGAAAUAAGGCGACGUUUUAAUCGGCUACGAAACAGUUCUGACCCUCUGACCAAUUACUAUAUCCUGAAGUUAUGCAGCGUUUUCCCGAAGGAAAUACUGACGCCUAUGUUUAAUAGUAACCAGGCCACUAUGGUGUUUAGCAAUUUACCGGGACCCAAAGUGUUACGUAUUUGUGGUGGAGAUCUGAAGUCCUUAGUAUUCUUUGUGCCGAAUAAAGGAAAUACAGGUUUAGGAAUAACGGCUCUGUGUUAUGAUGGAGUGCUCAGGUUAGGCGCUAUGGCUGAUUCUGCACUAGUAUCCAGUCCAGACGAACUAGGUAUAAUUUUAGAUGGAAUGGUUAAAGAAAUAAGAAGUUUACACGACAAAUAUGUAAAUUAAUUGUUGUAUUGAAGAACGCGACGUGAUUUUGACUUCUCAGUAAAAGGAAUGGAGAAGACCAAACAAUUCAUGCGGCGUGUGCAGUGAACGGAAAGAAACAUUUUUGUCGAAAAAGAUAUCAAAAUUGCAGAGCAUUUGAACUCGCAACUUUCUGGCAUUCAGGGUCCUUCUGACCACAGAUGCUGAAACUUCUAAAUAUGAGUUUCCAUACUUCUACACUAUUAGGUUUAUUCCAAAAUUACUCAUUAGGUCAGGAAUUAAAAACAAUUUUUCGAUUAAAAUUUUUAUUACUUCUACUUAUUACAGUGUAAACCAAUUAAG